AUGGAUCACCGGUUGACUGCAAUGCUCACCCUCCCCAUGAUUAUAACCUUUUCAUCAGCGAAUCAAGUCAUUUUAGAAAAACAGCCAAUACCAUCUGAGAACUGGAUCUGGGAAACAUCGACGGCGCGAAUAGGCGGACUUAGUGGGUGGGUAAAGCAGACAUAUUAUUCAACCUGUGAUAUUUCUCUGGUUGGACACUCACAACCAAACAACUGGCUUCGAAGUGAUUCUAUUAAGGUCCACAGUGGAGUGAAAGCAGUCCACAUUACCAUUGAGUACCGAACGUUAAAGUGUUCAUCCUAUCCUGACAAUGGAGGGAAGUAUUGCAAAGAGUACCUCGACUUAUACGUACAUCAAUCCGGGCAAUCAACGGAACCCCACCCUCUAACAAACAAUGCUUCUUAUGACAAGAUUGCUAAAACAGCUCCGUCAGCCCUUGGUAUCAGAGUGUCUCAAACGUUUAGUAUAAAUGUUAAAGGAAAGUACAUCGUAUUGGCUUUUCAUGACCAGGGUUCAUGUACUGUCCUUUUCUCUGUCGCUGUUAAAUAUUACUUCUGCCCAGAGACAGUUCAUGAUGGUGGUUUGGUGUACUUACCACGUACAAUUGCUCCAGCAAAUAACUCAGAGCCGGUUGUAGGUAGUUGUACUAACAAUGCCGUCCACGAGCAUGGUAUUUUAAAGGUGAACUGCCAAAGCGAUGGGGUCUGGAACUUGAGUUCACUGAACGGAAGAUGUAUAUGCAUGGAGGAUAUGGAGAAUACGAGGGGGGAAUGCAAAGGUUGCCCGGAAGGUAAAUACAACGACGGAAAUGGCUUUAUGUGCACAGUUAUACCGUCAGCCCCCAAAAAUGUCCGAGUUAUCUUCGUUAACCAAAGCGCGUUGGAGUUACAAUGGCAGCCUCCUGUAGAGACCGGAAAUCAGACUCACGUGUUUUAUGACAUUGACUGCCGAAUGCCGUGUGAAAACAAAGACGAGGACAAGUGCGCGAGUAAAGUUUGCGGAAGUGACGUCAUUUUUACGCCAAAAAAGAAAGGCUUGAACGUUUCCCACGUUAUUGUUGGAAAUCUAUCUUCAUUUGUACUCUACACUAUGAAAAUAUUCGCUAAGAACAGAGUAAGCGAAUUAGCGAGAAGAAAAUAUGGAAUUGAAGGAAACCUUACGGAAAUAACUGUAAGGACUAACAGAUCAGUUCCAGGGAAACCAGAAGUGUUUGUUGAACAACCGGAAACGGCUGUUGUUGUAUCUUGGAGAAUUAAGGACAUGAACGGUGUCCUUAAAGAGUACCACGUGACUUAUAUAAGAGAGGAUGAUUUGUCAGAAACCAAGACUCUUGCCACCAAGAAAAUGGAAACGCAGUUUGAUUUAAAGGCGGGAAAAACUUAUGAAUUCCAGGUAUUUGCUAUAAACGACCUUGGUAGGGGUCCUGCUGGUGUGAAGACAUUCACACUUAGAGAAGAACCCAAUGUUGCCAUGUAUUUCAAAAUCAUCUAUGGCUUGGUUGGUUCGUUGGCAUUUUGCAUUGUGCCUUUCGCCGGUUACAUAAUGUACAACAGAUGGAACCGUCGAAGAAAUGCAAACUCUGAGGAAAUUCCUAAAACAACAGAACCCAGCGUUAUGGUUUUUGAGGACAUCGCAAUGAGUUCUGUUGCUGAGCGGCAAAAAGUGGAUGACUUUAGACUUGAUCGUGAUCAAAUAAUAACAGUAAAGGUACUCGGGAGUGGCAACUUUGGUCAAGUGUCCAAGGCAGUUUACAAACCUUUAAACUUUGAAGUGGCUGUUAAGUCUUUGAAAGGCAAUGCAAAAAAGAAGGACUUACAAGACAUGCUGACUGAAUUAGAUCUCAUGAAAACCUUGAGGUCUCAUCCCCAUCUUGUUGACCUCAUUGGCUGUUGUAUUGAAAAAGAUCCACUUCUCAUAGUGUUGGAGUAUUUACCAAACGGGGAUUUGUUGGGAUAUCUGCGUAAGAGCAGAGGGAUCGAAGAUGCUUAUGACACAGGAGAAAAUAGGCCAAGCUCAACCCUUACAGAAAAUGACCUCUUGUCCUUUGCGUGGAUGAUCGCUGAUGGUAUGAGCUAUUUGUCAACAAUGAAGAUUGUUCAUCGUGAUUUAGCAGCUCGUAAUGUGUUAGUUGGGGACAACAAAGUAUGUAAGAUUUCAGACUUUGGUUUAGCGCGUGGUUUGGAGGGAGAUAUAUACACGAGAAAAACUCAGGCUCGUCUUCCAGUCAGGUGGAUGCCACCAGAAUCCAUUUUUUAUGGCACAUCUACCACUAUGAGCGACAUAUGGUCAUACGGCAUAGUGAUGUGGGAGGUCUUUACCAUUGGUGGCUCACCAUAUCCCGGAGUAAAAUCUAGAGAGAUAGCUGGCUUACUGGAGACAGGAUACCGCAUGCUUAGGCCACCUUAUAUCUCACAAGAACUGUAUUCCAUUAUGGCCAAAUGUUGGGAAGAGCAACCUGAAAGAAGACCAACAUUUCUGUGGCUCUGCUCGGCGGUCAAACGAUUAUUGGAUGAUUAUCAGAAAAAUGUGAUGUUGGAAGUCUACGAAGGCGAUAACUAUAUACACCUUGAUGUGACGAAGAACAAAGAGUGA